AUGGCUCGGAAGAUGAGCCUCGCCGAGCUGGAGGAGCAGCUGCUCUGCCCCAUCUGCCUGGAGGUGUUCAGGGAGCCGCUGAUGCUGCAGUGUGGGCACUCCUUCUGCCAGCCCUGCACGCUGUCCCUCCACGGGGAGGGCCAGGAGGGGCAGUUCCCGUGCCCUGUGUGCCGCCAGCCCAUGCCCCGUGGCCCCCUGGCCCCCAACGUCACCCUGGCACGGCUCAUCGAGGUGCUGCGGAGCAGGGGCGAGGCAGAACCCAUGCCAGAGUCCUGCCCAACCCACCACAACCCCCUCAGCCUCUUCUGCGAGCUCGACCACGAGGUCAUCUGCGGGCUCUGCGGCACCAUCGGCGCCCACCGGCAGCACCGGCUCACCCCCAUCCCCGCCGUGCACUGCAGGAUGAAGGAGGAGCUCUCUGUUCUCCUGACUAACAUCCAGCAGUGCCAGAGGAACCUGGAGGAACAGUGCAGCAAACUCAUCAACAACAAAAGCCGGGUCGCAGCUGAGGUGGAUGUCUACAAGUGGGUGGUCCGGAAGGAAUUCCAGGAGCUGCACAGGUACAUUGAUGAGGAGAAGGCCACCUUCCUGGGGAGCAUCGAGGGGAAGGCAGCCCAGCUCAUCUCCUCCAUCGAGGCCCAGGUCAAGCAGACAUCGGACGCCCUGCAGAGGCUGAGGGAGAUGCAGAGCUCUCUGGAAGCCCUGGGCAAUGAAAAUCAGCUGGAUUUUGUCAGGAAAUAUGGCUCCUCCCAGUUCAGGUCAGAGCUCCCCAGCCUGCACCCCAGUGAUGGCACCUUCAGCCCCGUGUCCUUCAAGCCCUGUUUCCACCAAGAUGACAUCAAGAUGACAGUGUGGAAGCGCCUGCACCGCCGUGUCCUGCCAGCUCCAGAGGCGCUGAAACUGGACCCAGUGACAGCACAUCCCCUCCUGGAGCUCUCCAAGGGGGACACGGUGGUGCAGUGCGGGCUCUCCCAGCGCCGGGACAGCAACCCCAAGCGCUUCAACUCCAGCAACUGCAUCCUCACCUCCAAGGGCUUCUCCUGCGGGCGGCACUACUGGGAGGUGAUAGUGGGCACCAGGAACCACUGGCGCCUGGGUGUCAUCAGGGGCACCGUGAGCCGCAAGGGGAAGCUCAGCAAGUGCCCCGAGAGCGGGGUGUGGCUCAUUGGCCUGAAAGAUGGGAAGGUGUACGAGGCCUUCAGCUCCCCGCGGGUGCCGCUGCCGCUCACGGCCCGGCCCCGGCGCAUCGGCCUCUUCCUGCACUACGAGAGGGGGCAGCUGAGCUUCUACAAUGCUGACAGCCCUGACGAGCUCAGCCCCAUCUACACCUUCCAGGCGGAGUUCCAGGGCCAGCUCUACCCCAUCGUGGAUCUGUGCUGGCCCGAGCGAGGGUCCUACUCCCCUCCCAUCAUCCUGCCCACGCCUGCCACGAGCCGGCACCCCUGGGCACCCCAUCCUGCCCCCAGGGAACACACGGAGCAGUAG